AUUGAUUCCAUGCACUGUUUGUACAUGUUUCCAGGCCAUCCGUAUGGGCUGUCAGCAAUUCAAUGGCGUGUGGAAGAAAGUUAUUUGUUGCUUGGCUUUAGCGAUGGCACGGUGUUUGUAUGGCAGGGCACCUUGAUCGUGUGUUGACCGGCACCACGGCGCACGAUGUUCUGAAUGACGAUCGCUGGCCUACGAAUCGCUUGCAAACUACGAGUUCUUCGCAUAAACCUUGGACACUGAAACACAUAGCAUCGAUCAAACCUAUUCUGUCCCAUCAUCAAACGUCCCAUGUGACGACCAAUUUGGCGCACGUUUUCACAUUCAACAUUCGACGUUUAGCCAAUGAUUUGGUUAUCAAAUCCAGGGGCCCAGCUGGAUUACUAGCGCCGGCGCUUGAGACCUCGGCGUCGACCACCUCCAUCGAUGCCGUGGUUCCUGAUAUGCUCACAUUCCGUCCAGAUAAAGAUGACCCUAUCGACUCACGACAGGAUACAGAAAUACCGGCCCACGACAGAAAACUGGAAUUGGUGUCCUCCAUUAUUUCCAGCGUCAUGUCUUGGCACGUAAGUGAAGCCUUUGAAGACAUUUGUCGAAAAACGGUUUCACCAUCCGUCAUUACGGAUGCUCAUCUUUCCUACGGUAUUAAAGGCACCAACGGCAAUCUAUCGAUUUUGGCCCCGAUGAAAGACGAGAAAGAGGCCUGGAAAGUAUCGAUUUCCAUGACCGCCUCACGAUUGUUGACUAUUGCCUUGUUGGGUAAAGCCAUCAUAUCCAUGGCAGGACAAGAUGGUUGUAGCUCGGAUUUGAUUUCAAGUUAUGCUAUUGCGCUUUCGGCCGUUAUUGGCAAAGAUUACUGCUUCCCCUCAUUAUCGUUACUUAGUAAAUACUGGCAAGAUCCCUCAGCCCGCUGUCUCUUUUCCAGUGCGGUCACAGGGUUGUCAAAAGAAGACAUUGUUUCUCUUGUCAAUUAUUGGGAAGCCUUUUUGCCCACUUCAGAUGCUCCUGAAAGUGAUGGAUCGCAGAUGAUGGCUCGUGCUUCCGUCAUACUAGGCAUCAUGGGAUGCGACCAACCUCAAAUGCUAUCUUCAAGGGUUCGCAAAUCGACUGCUUUGAGUUUGACGAUUCUAUUGUCGGAUGUGGAAUUUGAACAAGGAAAUACGGAUCAAGCUACUGUGUCGUCUGCAUCCAUGGCACGAAUGUUGUCAUCGAUGGAACUUUUGAGUCAGGGAUUUUCAACUUGGGAAUCCUAUAUCAAUGCCUCGGAAGUGCUCCGUACCCUGUUUCAGUAUGCUUCCGAUAAAAAACCUACCAUGUCCCUUGUCAGUCGCGGAGCGAAAGGCGCCAUCUUUGAGAUCGCGGUAACAAAUAUGCCCCUUGUGAUUGGAACUUUGACGUUCGAUACCAUGCAUUGCAAAAAGAUCGAUGAUCGUAUUCGCUGUCUUCAGAUCAUUGGACAGUUUAUUCGAAAGAAACCCAUAUUACUGUAUUACAAUGUUCAUCGGGUGGUUGAGGCCGUGGUUAAAACGCUGGAUCCCAAUAUUCCACACAUGCGUGAACAAGUCUUACCUGCAGCUACAGCCAUUCUACAUGACCUUGUCAAGGUCACCACUGCACAAAAAUUAUCGGUAGGAACAUUAGAGGGUGCGUCGAUUAUCUACGAUGUGCGGACCGCGACACGAUCCACUGUGCUCGAAGGUCAUACGGGGCCAGUUACUGUAUUAGCCUUUUCUCCGGACGCUAAAUUCAUUGCCACUUGUUCACUUUUGGAUCAAACCGUUCGCGUAUGGUAUGCCAACCAGAGUAUAUUCGGCAUGUUGACCAGCAGUCUGUCCCACGGGUUCGGUGGCCAACGUCAUGACCAACGCGAUGGCACUUUGCAAGGAUCCCAUAAACCGUACAAGAUAUUCUCUUUUGCGCUGCCGAAUAAAGAGGAUGGUAAGUCUCACCCUUGGAACAUUGGCCAUCCGUUUUUUCUUUCUAACAUUUAUAUUUGAUUGAUUCGUGACAGCUACCAUGGAGCCGAGUCAAUCCAUUUACCAAGUGCGUUGUGAAUGGACUUCAACACGCACCGUCAAGCUGAAUGUACGUGAUUUAGUAAUGAAC